AUGAGCGACGACUUUGAAGACGAUGCUUGGCCGUUUCAGGGCAAGCCAGAGGACAUCUUGCCCGAUCUACGAGCGUUCACAACCCUACCGGUCCUCAUCAAGCCAGCACCAGAUGACAAUGGCCUCGAAGAGAGACAACUGCUCGCGCUGCAGUCCAUGCUCGACUCGUACGCCGACCAGGGCCAUCUGCUUGAUCCUCACGUGCAGAACAUGACGAAGCUCCUUCUCGAUCAACAGAUGCCUUUCUUCCUCAUGCUCAGGGACGCUAGCACAUCGCAAGAAGCCACCGAACGCGCUCGACGCUCGGCUUGUUUGCUCUACACGCUCAUCAAAGUGCGAGGCUACAAAGCCAUCAUGCCAUGCUUUCCCCAUCGUCCAUCCGACCUGUCGCUUCCCCUACUACUCCUCGAGCGAGACAUUGCGCAGGACGUCAUCAUCACAUGGGAGACGCGCUUCACCCUCUUGAUCUGGCUUUCGCUUCUCUGCAUGCUGCCCUUCGCCCUCGACAAAGUGGGGAAAGAUGUACAUGCUCGCAUCCUCGCAAUCGCUAGACAGUUCUUGGGCUCAGCAGGCAAAGAACGCGACGGUGCUGCCAUUCUUUUGGCUCGUUUACACGCAAGAACGGAUGCCUCACCAAUGAUGCGUCGUGACUAUCUCGCAUGGUGCAUACAAGUUUUGCAAGACAGCCGUGAUGCCUUCCUACUUAUCGGUGUCUCGACGACAUUGUGCCGCUUUCUUGCCGAGCUUCCGUCCGAUGCUUCUGCAGCCCUAGUUAUGCCUCUCUGGGGCUUGCGUGAUUUGAUACGAAAAGCCAGCCUGGACUCGCGCAAUAUAUUGCUGUCCAAGCUGUCGCUCAAAUUUGCCGGUCGACUCGCCUUACUCACUCUUGUAGAACCAAAAGAUAUAUCGGACAAGGCAGAAGACGUCAUCGCUGAUAUGAUCGACUAUUUGCAGCACAAGGACACACUCGUACGAUGGUCUGCAGCCAAGUAUCUUGCCCGUAUCGGCAAAGCUGUCGCAGCAGACUACACGCAGCAAAUCAUCGAUGCCACUCUCGAGAUUGCAGCCUGCACUAGCACGCCCAGGCCAGAAGACGCGUCUCACGGCGUCUGUCUCUUCCUCGCAGAACUAUGUCGCAGAAAUGCGAUGCCGAAGACAGCCUUCAAUGCGACGAUCGCCUUUGCGAUCAAUGCAAUCUCUUUCGAAGUACUGCGCGGCAAUCAUGGCGUGGGGGAUGCUGUGCGAGAUGCCGCUGCCUAUCUGCUCUGGUCUCUGGCAAGAUGUCCAGACGCUAUCAAAGCUAUCGAGGUUCAGUCAUACGCGAUUGCACGGAAUCUCGUCUGCGCAACUCUUUUCGACCGAGAAGUACAUUGCAGGCGAGCAGCCAGCGCAGCUUUUCAAGAGCUCGUGGGCCAUUCGAAUGCAAUACCGUCCGGGCUCGAGGCACUCGCCUUGACUGACUUUUCGACAAUCAGUCAGCGACGUGCUGCAUUCAUCGAAGCAGCUCCUGCCGUCGCAUCUCUUGCUUCAUAUCAUGCCGCAAUUGUUGAAAUCCUGCUGUCGCGCAGAUUAAGCCAUUGGGACGCGAGCCUGCGAGAGCUGUCAGCAGAAAGCCUGGGACGUGUCGCCUCGGCAGCUUUAUCGCAAAGCACCAUUCUCGAGCGAUUAUUAUCAGAAGCAGACUUCCGUCGAGAUGCUGUCACGCUGCAUGGCUGCUUGCUUGCAAUUCGGCACCUUGCUUCGUCUGAGCUGGACACAACACAAAGCAGCAAACUCUCGAGCUUACUGCAAAGCGCGCUCAAACACGCCAAAGGUGCACACGCGGUGCCACUGUUGAAGGCGGCUUGUACUACGAUACGAUUCCUGCAGCCCGGCGAAUCCCAAUCGCUCUGGCUGUGGUCUCUCGUAGAUGCCGCAGCGCGUUCUGACCGCGUAGCCUCCCACGAGGCCGCUGCUCAAGCUGUUGCAAGCUUGUCAGGCAGAAUCUUUACGUGGCUCUCCGAGCUUGCGCAGGAUGGCUCUGCAUCACCGAGUCUGCCACUACUCAUCGCUGCGUCCGCCGAUUCUUCAGAAUCAGAAGAAACGAUUGCUGUAGCGCUGUGCAAUAGCGCUGUUCAGACGAGCAAGCCGAUCGAACUCCGUACAGCUUGCGUUCACGCGUUCAAUUUACGGGCCGGCAGUCAUUCACGGACACUUGGCGGUCCUUCGCGGCAGCGCGUACUCGAAACGCUACUCAUUUGCUUGCGAGACUACAGCCAGGAUCGUCGAGGCGAUAUUGGCGCCAAUUUGCGUCGGCAGGCCAUGAUCGCGUUGCCGCAAUGGCUUACGCAAGAAUCUGAUGAAUUGGGCAUCGGUCUCGCAUUGUGCCUGGGACAGUGUCUCGACCCUAUACUUGCAGUACGCAGAGAUGCGCUCAAUGCUGCAGAGGCGGCUGCGCGAAUCGGCUCUCCGAGCGAAGCGCUGAAAGCUGCAAUCGCAUGCUUGUCAGUUCUGCGGCAGAAUGACGUGAUUUCCCGGCUUGAUGCAUCGCUCGCUGCCAUGCUAAGCCUACUCACAUUCGAAGAGUGGAGCAGUGCUCUAGCUGUGGCAAUUGCGCGGCUUUGUGCUGGCAGAAUGACCUCUGUCUACAUCGAGCCAGUAUUCCUGCCGUUCGCGCGCGAGCACCCAAAGAUAGCGCAGAGCAUUGCGACAAAAUUUACGGCGCCGACGAUCCAGCCAAAGCAUAUUCGACAGGCUAUGGACGCGCUUGCACAACGAUUGCAAUGA